AUGUGCCCCCCCCAACCCCUUCACCCCCGGUGGCUGCAGCCAGUGUCGGCGCCAAUGCCAACCCCAACCGCCUUUACCUCAAGAAACCAUCCACUGAGAUGUCCGGGCCGCACCCCAUCGCCUGACGAAGGCGGCGACCGCCAGACACACCAAAGCACCAGCCCUAGAACGCGCCCAAACGACAGGCACGGACAAAGAAACGAUCGCCCGACAACGAUGAGCUCAAACCCACCAGAUAGAAAAAGAAACGAUGACCGAAUAAGAACAGCAAACGACGACAUAGGAGGCAUAGACGAUAUAGACGGGCAUAGGAGGCAUAGACGGGCAUAA